GGGUUUUGCAGCGCUUCCAUAUUAGCGCUGUGGCGGCCGCGAGAAAACGAGAAGCUCCACAGCGGUGAUCCAGUGAGUAGUCAUGGUCAAGCAUAACAACGUUGUGCCUAAUGGGCACUUCAAGAAGCACUGGCAAAACUAUGUUAAGACUUGGUUUAACCAGCCUGCUCGCAAAACCAGAAGACGCACUGGUACUCUGUCUAAAGCUGUAAAAGAUUUUUUUCCACGGCCAACUGCUGGACCACUCCGGCCUAUUGUUCAAUGUCAGACUCUGAAGUACAAUAUGAAACCUAGGGCAGGCAGGGGAUUUACGCUUGAGGAACUCAAGGCAGCUGGCAUUCCGAAAAAGCUUGCACCGACUAUUGGAAUUGCGGUUGAUCACCGCCGGAAGAACCGCUCCCUGGAGGGUCUUCAAUCCAAUGUCCAGAGGCUGAAGACUUACAAGGCCAAACUUGUUAUCUUCCCAAGACGUGCUUGCAAAUUCAAGUCUGGUGAUUCUGCACCGGAGGAGCUUGCCACCGCCACUCAGGUCCAAGGCACAUACAUGCCGAUUGUCCGUGAGCAACCUUCGGUCGAGCUUGUGAAGGUGACUGAGGAAAUGAAAUCAUUCAGUGCCUACGGAAAGCUUCGCGUCGAACAGAUGAACAAGCGCCAAGUCGGUGCGAGGUUGAAGAAAGCUGCAGAGGCCGAGAAGGACGAAAAGAAGUAGAAUCCAAUCCCUCACUGUCCUAAAAUACUAAACUUAUUGCGGUUUAUUUCAAUUUGACUGUUCUGUUCAUCAGUUUUGUUUGUUAAGACUCAUGAGAUAUUAGCAACCUGUUUUGACCUAUUUUUUCAAUCCACUGUUUUUCCAUCCU